CACAAAGUUAAAAAGGAAGUGCACACGACAGCGACCUCCAGCCAGAGCGACAAAGAAACCUGGACUACCGGUACCAGUACGCUGUUCUGGUGGUACUAGUACUUGCUCAAUUCAAUUCCUCAUGAGAUGAUGACGAGCCUCGAGGUGAAGCACUAUGGAAGAGGGGAGGAUUGCUACAUUAUUGUACACGGCUCCAAUAAUAAUGCGUCAGGUCGAGAGAUUGCUAGCAAGUCUGAGAUUGAGAGACUUCUCAUUGACCUCCAAGACACGUUGGAAUAUCUCAAGCUGGACAAACUGCCUGCCGCGGGGACCCUGGAUUUCGCUAGGAUAUCGCAGUGUCACCGCCUGAAAGACGUAUCGUUGAAUGGGAAGCACUCGCCGGCUUUUGUGGACUCGUUCUUGCAAGCUCUGUCCGAGCUACCUUGUCUGCGACGUCUUUUCAUGAGAAUUUCGGUGGUCCCCGACCACAACAACGUCAACAACAACGUGCGAGAUGUGAGAGGACCACCAAGAAGAAGACGUCGUCCAGUGGAACUGCCCAAUCUUGCCAGAGUUCUCACAGACUCUCCCGUUCUCGAGACAUUUCAGCUGGAGCUGGGUGGACCGUGUCGUCUGGUGAAUGCGCAAGAAGACAUGUACGAGAUUCUGAUUGCCAACACUACGGCAGUGACGAGCUUUAGCUUUGUGGAUCAUACAACAAGUUAUAAUAAUGACAGUGGAACUAGUAUUACCCCUGAUCUGCUGGCACGGGUGGUACAAGAAAACACGACGCUGCAACAAUUCAUGACUUCCUUCAACAGCCAACGAGAUAUGUCCGAUUCGGAGGGAAAUAAUUGGUUUGCCCCCAUUGCAGACGCAUUGCAACACAACCACUCACUGAAACGUUUGGAAAUGAUGUAUGGCAGUCCGUAUGAUAUACAGCUGUUGGAAUCGUUGCUGGCAACUCUGCAAACCACCAAUACGACCUUGCAAUGCUUCCAGCUCUACAGUUGGUAUGACGUCCGAAACGGUUUCGUGAAGGGUGUCAAGCACGAGACAAUGACUCUGAGGGAUGCUCUAGAGUUGCGACGCAAAGUUAGAUUCCUGACGGACCUGAACCGUUUGGGACGAGGACGAAUAAUCCAAGCUAGCAACAACAACGAGCCGUUGUCACUCCAACAAUGGAUGGCGGCCAUGAUUGUUGAAGAGCAAACACCAUCCGAGCCUCCCAAUCCGUAUGGCGUUUAUUACAAUCACAAGCGUCUCUCCAUGACGUUUUAUCUCGCUCAGCAGCACCCUUUUCUCAUUCUGCCCCGCCAUCUCGGGGGUAUGGUGCCUCUAUUUUAAUUGAUUCAAAUUGUCAAAAGAGGCAAGAGCUACCAAUGUCCGGAUGGUGGUCCAGGUUUGAAAAAUUUAAAAGAGCAGCCCAUCUGCAAUGAUGACAUUUUAUUUUCAGGAGCGACGAUGGAGCCCUGCAGCCAUUCUGCGUCUUUUGGCCUGGCGAGUUGAGUUCUCUGUACCGUGUGCACAGUGACUGGUCAGGAGGAACGGACGCCAAGUGCCAAAUGCUUCUAUGGGUGGUUCCAGCGCGCGCUUUAGGUGCGGCACCACCUUUUAAAAGGACUCAUCCAAUUAAUUGAGGAUCCAUACCCAUUUAUUUGCAGAGACUGUAGAGAGCGACGACCCCAAAGCGUUUCUCCCAAAAAACCGAUUGGGAGGAAUGGAUGAAGAAGAAAUAUUUUGUCUGUAACUCGCCAACGGGUUCCGGGAAGACGGAGCAACAGAACACUUGUCAAAGGGACCUUCCGCUGGCAAAUCCAAGAUGUGGACCCAAAAGAGCCCAUCUGCAAUGAUGACAUUUAUUUUCAGGAGCGACGAUGGAGCCCUGCAGCCACUCCGCGUCUUUUGGCCUGGCGAGUUGAGUUCUUUGUACCAUGUGCACAGUGACUGGUCAGGAGGAACGGACGCCAAGUACCAAAUGCUUCUAUGGCUGGUUCCAGCGCGCGCUUUAGGUGCAGCACCACCCACCUUAAGGACUCAUCCAAUUAAUUGAGGAGCCAUACCUAUUUGCAGAGAUUGUAGAGAGCGACGACCCCAAAGCGUUCCUCCCAAAAACCGAUUGGGAGGAAUGGAUGAAGAAGAAAUAUUUUGUCUGUAACUUGCCAAUGGGUUCAGGGGAAGACGGAGCAGCUUGUAUGCAUGCCUUGUGAAUUUAUUUAUUGCAGGACUUGCUCGACAUGGCUGCUCCAUUGCAGAAUCCCUGUCAAUGUCAAUAUCGAUUUGAAGAGUUUGCUUGUUGUGUCCUUCCGGAAAUUCCUUGCGGCACAUCUGGCCGAGGUCUCCUGUGUUACAAUCACCUGAAUAUGCAAGAAGAGAUGGCUAACUACCUCCCUUUCUGGUGGUCUGUGUGAACUCUUUGUGGAUACUUGGAAACCUGGAUUAUAAUGAAGUGAUCUUGGAUGCCACACCAUAUCGGAGUAGCGGUGGGGUUGCAUU